CUUUCAGAGCUGCACCAGAGUUGGGUGACGUGGAGGGAAGUUGUACCAGACUUCUUGCGUAUUGCAGCGAACAUUCCUUAAAAUGAUAAAGAAAUUUGACAAGAAGGAUGAGGAGGCCGGAAGUGGCUCGAACCCAUUUCAGCACCUGGAGAAGAGUGCUGUUCUGCAGGAGGCUCGCAUCUUUAACGAGACGCCCAUCAACCCGCGGAGGUGUCUCCACAUUCUCACCAAAAUAAUCUACCUGCUCAACCAGGGCGAGCACUUUGGAACCACAGAAGCCACUGAAGCAUUUUUUGCCAUGACUAGACUCUUCCAGUCGAAUGAUCAAACCUUGAGAAGGAUGUGCUACUUGACCAUUAAAGAGAUGGCCAACAUCUCAGAGGAUGUCAUCAUAGUUACGAGCAGCCUGACCAAAGACAUGACUGGUAAAGAGGACGUAUACAGAGGCCCAGCCAUAAGAGCUCUCUGCAGGAUCACGGACACCACCAUGUUGCAAGCCAUCGAGAGGUAUAUGAAACAAGCCAUAGUGGACAAGGUGCCGAGCGUCUCAAGCUCUGCCCUGGUCUCUUCCCUGCACAUGGUGAAGAUGAGUUAUGACGUAGUGAAGCGUUGGGUCAACGAAGCUCAGGAAGCAGCUUCCAGUGACAACAUCAUGGUGCAGUACCACGCUCUGGGCUUGCUCUACCAUCUGAGGAAGAAUGACAGACUUGCUGUGUCUAAGAUGCUCAAUAAGUUCACCAAGUCUGGCCUCAAGUCCCCGUUCGCCUACUGCAUGCUGAUCCGCAUUGCCAGCAAGCUGCUGGAGGAGACAGAGGGAGGGCACGACAGCCCUCUGUUUGACUUCAUCGAGAGCUGCUUGAGGAAUAAACACGAGAUGGUCGUGUACGAGGCCGCCUCCGCUAUCGUCCAUAUGCCUAACUGUACCGCCCGUGAGCUGGCCCCUGCUGUGUCCGUUCUCCAGCUCUUCUGUAGUUCACCCAAAGCAGCACUGCGCUACGCUGCCGUCAGGACCCUCAAUAAAGUGGCAAUGAAGCACCCAUCUGCCGUGACGGCGUGUAACCUGGACCUGGAGAAUCUGAUUACAGAUUCUAACCGCAGCAUUGCUACUCUGGCCAUCACUACGCUGCUGAAGACCGGCAGUGAGAGCAGUGUGGACCGCCUCAUGAAGCAGAUCUCCUCUUUUGUCUCGGAGAUCUCUGAUGAGUUCAAGGUAGUGGUGGUCCAAGCCAUUAGUGCCCUGUGCCAGAAGUAUCCCAGAAAGCAUAGUGUGAUGAUGAACUUCCUGUCUAACAUGCUGAGAGAUGAUGGUGGGUUUGAGUACAAGCGCGCCAUCGUGGACUGCAUCAUCAGUAUCAUAGAGGAUAACCCGGAGAGCAAGGAGACAGGUCUGGCCCACCUGUGCGAGUUCAUCGAGGACUGUGAGCACACGGUCCUGGCCACCAAGAUCCUGCACCUGCUGGGGAAGGAGGGGCCACGCACGCCAUCCCCGUCCAAAUACAUCCGCUUCAUUUUCAACCGCGUGGUGCUGGAAAGCGAGGCUGUUCGUGCAGCUGCCGUGAGUGCUCUGGCUAAGUUUGGAGCCCAGAAUGAUGACCUGCUGCCCAGUGUGCUUGUCCUGAUGCAGAGGUGCAUGAUGGACAGUGAUGAUGAGGUGCGUGACAGAGCGACAUUCUACAUGAACGUCCUGCAGCAGAAACAGAAGGCACUGAACGCUGCCUACAUCUUUAACGGGUUAUCUGUAUCUAUUCCUGGACUGGAGAAAUCUCUUCACCAGUACACACUGGAGCCUUCAGAGAAGCCCUUCGACAUGAAGACCGUCCCCCUGGCUACGGCACCAAUCACAGAACAGAAAACAGAAAUCGCCCCAGUGGCUACAAGCAAGCUUCCUGAAAAACUGGCCCCCUCACGGCAGGACAUUUACCAAGAGCAACUGGCUGCCAUCCCUGAGUUCCAGGCUCUGGGCCCUCUCUUCAAGUCCUCGGAGCCGGUGCAGCUGACGGAGGCAGAGACGGAGUACGUGGUGCGCUGCAUCAAGCACACUUUUGUGGGACACAUGGUGUUCCAGUUCGACUGCACCAACACGCUCAACGACCAGCUUCUGCAGCGCGUGCUGGUGCAGAUGGAGCCGUCGGAGGCGUACGAGGUGGUGCAGCACGUGGCUGCGCAGAGCCUGCCCUACAGCCAGCCCGGGUCCUGCUACACACUCGUCCGCCUGCCCGAGGACGAUCCCACAGCAGUGUCCUGCACCUUCAGCUGCGCAAUGAAGUAUCUUGUGCGGGACUGUGAUCCCAACACGGGAGAGCCCGACGACGAUGGUUACGACGACGAGUAUGUGUUAGAAGAUCUGGAGGUGACAGUAGCAGACCACAUACAGAAGGUUCUGAAGCCGAAUUUCAGUGCGGCGUGGGAGGAAGUGGGAGACGAGUUUGAGAAAGAGGAGACGUUUGCUCUGGCUUCAGUCAGGACCCUGGAUGAGGCCGUUGGCAACAUCAUCAGCUUCCUGGGCAUGCAGCCGUGCGAGCGCUCUGACAAGGUUCCUGAGAACAAGAACUCGCACAUCCUCUUCCUAGCGGGCGUGUUCAGAGGAGGCCACGACGUGCUGGUGCGUGCGCGACUCGCGCUGGCCGACGGCGUAACCAUGCAGGUGACCGUGAGAAGUGUGGAUGAGAACGUGGUCGACGUCAUCCUCGCCUCGGUGGGUUAACAGAAGAGUGAUGUCCCCAGCCGACACCACCAGGGCCUCACAUUAGGGAAAAGUAUUUUUUUUUCCUGCUGUACAAGUUAAUAUGUGAUAUUUGUAUGUUUUCAUAUUGCUCUUUCCAAUAUGACAUAUUAUAAAUCAAGUAAAACAAUGAGGCAGAGGCUGUUUCCAUUCACAUCCAGCUGUGGCUUUAGUAUUAUUCCUGUCUUUUAAGGAGUAGUGAAACCUGUCCUGGACAUUAUUAAGUCCAAAUGUCUUAUCAAUAAACAGCACUGAAAAGGUGAAAA